AGCUUUCAUUUACUCCAUUGGCACAUGGCGCCGCCCAGGAAGAGUCUCAAGCGGCGACAACAGCGUCGAAUUGGUGGAAGUAAAAGGCGGAAAGUUAUCAAAGAGCGAGAAGCCUCCGAAGACGAGGGUGAACAGCAAUUGAGUGUUGAUGAAGAAGUGAAGUACUGGGAAGACAAAUUGGGUAUCCAUGGUGAGAAUAAUGAAAAAGUGAAGCAAGAGUUCAUCAAGGAUGGCUGGGAUGAAGACUUCUUCCAAUCUCUUGAUGCGAUCGAUGAUGCCGUCAAGGAGCGGAAGAGAGAUCUCGAUAGAAGCGAGCCGAGCCGACAAGAAAUGGCGGAGGAAGACUCUCCCGAUGAUGAUGAAGAAGCCGAAGACUCGGAGAAUUCUGCUGAUGAAGAAGUGGAAUAUUGGGAGCAUAAAUUGGGCAUAGACAAAAAUCGCCAGAAGGUCAUGGAAGAGCUCGAGAGGGAUGGUCUCGAUGCCGACCUUUUCACUGCCCUCGAUAAUAUCGAAGAUGCAGUUAAGAGUCGAAAAAAGGAGCUGAAAGGACCUAAGAACGAAACCUCUGAGGAACAAGGCAGAGUACUCCUUGAAGAGGUUCCCGAGGCUUCUGCGGAGUCCAAAGAGACGGGUGCGUAUGUCCCCCCUCAUCUUCGAACGCGGAAGUCCACAACGACGGCAGAGGAAGAACGCGCGCUAAAGUUGAGUAAAAUUCGUGGACUUGUGAACAAACUGAGUGAAGGCAACAUCGAAUUGAUUACCGCUGAGAUCGUCAGUUUACUCAGCGACGACGACCCCACCAUCGUUGAUGGGUACGCCCGCGAGUUCGUGGACAGCGCGAUUGGGAAUCCGCACAUAUCUCUCACCCUCCUCGGCACGUAUNNNNUUUGGGCGAGCUCGAAAACUUGA